CUAUUUGAAUCCAACAAAUUAAACACAUACAUCUACUCAAAAACAUUGCAUAAGAAAAUGCAGGCCUCGCUACAUUGUCGUACUGAGAUUAUCAUUCUCUUCUCUUCCACGAAUCCAAACAUGAGCGAUGAGUUAGCCCAUGACUUCUCUCCUCUCUUUAAAAUCUACAAAGAUGGUCGAAUUGAGCGACUCAUGGGCACAGAUACAGUUCCUCCAUCAGUUCAUCCCCAAACUGGUGUCGAAUCCAAACACGUCAUGAUUUCAAACGAAACAGGAUUAUAUGCUAGGCUUUACAUCCCCAAAUCCACCACAACCUCUUCCACCAAACUCCCUCUUCUUGUUUACUUCCACGGCGGCGGCUUCUGUGUUGAAACUGCCUCUUCUCCUACGUACCACAACUACCUCAACUCCUUAGUAGCGGAAGCUAAUGUUGUUGCUGUGUCUGUUGACUUUAGGAGAGUCCCAGAAUACCCUCUGCCUGUUGCCUACAAUGAUUCCUGGGAUGCUCUCAAAUGGGUUGCUUCUCAUUCUGAUGGAAGUGGCUCUGAGGAGUGGCUAAAUAACCAUGCAGAUUUGCAGAAACUGUUCUUCUCUGGUGAUAGUUCUGGUGGUAAUAUAGCGCAUAACAUGGCUGUGAAAGUCGGCUCUGAGGGCUUGGUUGGUGUUAAGCUCAUAGGGAUUGUGCUGGUGCAUCCCUUUCUUUGGGGGCAAGAACCAAUUGGGGGAGAGUCAACUAUGACUGCAGUUCAAAGAGAGUAUCUGGAUUCUAUGUGGCGUUUUGUGUACCCUUUGACUAGCGGAUCUGAUGAUCCGCUUCUCAAUCCGGGUAAGGAUCCGAAAUUGGGUGGUUUGGGGUGUGAGAAAGUGUUGGUUUGUGUUGCUGAGAAUGAUACAUUGAGACAUAGAAACUGGUAUUACAGUGAGGUCCUUAGAAAGAGUGGAUGGAAAGGCGCUGUGGAGGUCUUGGAAGCAAAGGGGGAGGGCCAUGUUUUCCAUUUGUUCAAUCCAACUUGUGACAGUGCUCAGGCCAUGCUGAAAAAGAUCACUUCUUUCAUCAAUUAGUGUCUGUUUAGCAUUAUCUGAAUCCAGGCUAGCUUGAAUUUCCAUUGUUGUAAUUUCUGUUCUCGUGCCUUGUGUGGCUACUUAAAUUGCUGUGUUUUUGACGCAGUCGGAUUGAUAACUAGGUUUACCAGCAAUAAACCUAAGCAAAAGAUUCUGGAGUCCACCAGAGAUAAAAGAGAAUAAUCUCAAUUUAAU